UUUUCACUCAUGACUCAUGACUCAUGAGUAGUUAGAACUAAAUUAUUAAGUACGUCACUUACGUCAUUACGUCUAUUAUCGUCGAGUUUAACAGGAAAAAAGGUAGGAGUAGUUCGUAGUUGUUGGUUUCUUUCAGGUAAAUCUAACGGAGUCGUUUCCCGUUCUCCCGAACUCCAUUUCUUCCCCCGGAAUGGAGUGAAUCCCAGGGAAUCGAGUGGACUGAUAGAAUGGCAGACUCAAACCAGGAUUUUGCUGACGAUGAAACACUGAAAAUUGAUGGAGUAGAAGUCCUUUGGACUGAAAGGCUUGAAUCUUAUUUUGUUUACAUAAUGGCAGAAGAAGUAGCAAAGGGAAACAUGCAAUCAGCUACCUUUGCCAAUGCAGCAUGGAGAGGUAUUGCAGAGGCUCUGAGACAAAGAACAGGGAAGGAGUACACAUAUUUGCAGUUGAAGAAUAAAUAUCAUAACUUAAGGGCUCGAUGGAGUGACUUCAGUAACCUGUUACGGGAGAAGGACAUUGCUUACGACUCGAUAACUGGAGAAGUAGUUGCGAGAGACGAUAUAUGGAGAAAAUUGGCCACGAAAUAUAGGCGAGCAAAAAGCUUCAGAAAGAAAGGAUUGAAAGAUUAUGACAAACUGUGCGUGAUAUUUGGUCAUGCAGAAAUCCAAUCCAUUAGGGGAGAUUCCAGUGAAGGAGAUGUAGAUACUUGUAGAGUCAAGAAAGCUGAGAAACUUCGAACUCUAGAGAACCCAUGUAAAGAUAUAAUGGUAGAAAAGUUUAAUGCUUCAAAGAAGCAAAAGUUGGGGAAGAAGUAUAGCUUUACACCUUCGUUGGAUUCAGUUGCUGAUAGUGGUGAUGGUUGUGGAUACCAAUCUGGGCAAAUCCAGGAUGUUGUUAGAUGUAUGGAGGCGCUGAAUUCGCUAGAAGGAAUAGAUGGAGCAUCGUAUGUUAAGGUAACGAGAUAUAUUCAUGAUGAUCCCCUUUGGCGAAAGAUGUUUCUUUGUAUGCCAGAUGAAAGGAAGAAAGACUGGGUGCUCAACAUUUGAAAAUUUUGUGAUUUUUACUUGGCUAAAUUUGUGAAAUUUGUUAUGUUCUGCUGCCCACUAAUGGCCACUCGGGCAGACUUGUAAAUGUUCUGGAUUUACACUAACACUUUUGAUGAUGGAUUGGUAAUAUACUAAUAUAUAUAUACUCCAGUAUGUUAGAAAA